ACUGAUUUUUUCUCGUUCAUCGAAUCAUUGACAUUGAAAGAUUAUCAAGAAGGUGUUGUUAUUUUAUCAAUAUGAAUAUCGAAUUUGAUUAUUCUUAUCUGCCCUUUCGCUUUCUAUCAACAAGAAAUAGAGGGAGGGUAAUGGGAGAAGAGAAAAAAUAACAACAAUCCCAUUGAACAGUUCGCAAAGUUAUCGAUCGAUAAACAGAAUCGAGAUAACCUUAGACUUGCAACUGAAUCAGCGCAGUUGCAGGUUAAUCUUUUAUUCCCUGUUAACCAAAGCCUCAGAAUCAAUUUCUCUCUCUCUCUCUCUUAUUUUCAUGUGGACUCACCUAAUUAUUAUUAUUUCAUCAAAACAAUAACAAUUAUGAGAUAGAAAAGUGAUUUGAAUUGAUUGUUUUAUUUUUUGUUAGAGAAGAAGAAGAAAAAAAAUCAACUCAAUCCAUGGAAGCGAUUCCAAUGCAAUCGAAAGGAAUCAAAAAUUCGACCAGAACUUUUAUCCUCAUCUUUCAUUAUUUACCUUAGAAAAUUCAAUUAUUUUCACCUUAUUGUACUUCUCCCAUAAUUCUUUCAUCAUCUUCCUCAUUCAAUCUUCUUGUGUUCAGCGAAAAUUGUGUAACAAUCUAACCUAAAUUAGAACACUUUUUGAAACAAUUCUCAGUGCUGGUAAUCAAUAACUUUAGUAUAUCGAUUUACACUUACAGUCUAAUAAAAAUUGUAAACAAUGAGUGUCAAAGGUCAGAGUGAUUCAAGUGGUUCCACUGGACUGAACAGAGUUGGUUCAUUUGUGAUUCAUGGUAAAUCAGCUUCACUUGCUGUUGGAUGUAAAGCAAUUCUUCAAGAGCAAUCGGCUCGUUUAUCGCAGAAACAUUCAGCUGAAUUAGAGUUAAUUGAUGAUGUUCGAACCUUUUUCAAAGUAAAAUGUUCAAUAGAAAAAGAUUAUUGUUCAGCUUUAUCCAAAUUAUGUACUAAUCAUUUAGCCAGAAAAUAUCCAACCUUUGAAAGUGACAAGGAAUCUGAUAUAAAGACAAUUUACUCAGCGUGGCAAUCGUACCUGGAAGAGGAGGAUAAACUGUCCAAAUUUCGUGCUUCACAGUUCGAGCAAGUUGCUCAUGUUUACGAUACAUUGAAACAAGUUAAAAGUCACAAAUCACAUAUUGGAAAGAAAGGAUUAGAUAAUUAUCUAAAGAAACAACAAGAGGAAAUCGUAGCAUCGGCGGCGGAAAUUGACAAGAAUCGUAAACUUUAUUUCGAUGAGGAGCAUCUUGCUAAACAAGCGAGGGACAAAGAGGAAAAAGUAAAGAAACGUAAGGGUGGGAUUUUCUCAAAAUUCACCCACUCCGAGAGUAAGAAGGAAAAGAUUGGAGCCCAUCGAGAAGCGAGUGACAUUCAAUCAACAAUGGCUCGUAAUGAAUAUAUUUUAGCUUUAGUCGCUGGAAAUGCUCAUCUUGAGCAUUAUUUCACAAUCGAUUUACCCAAUUUACUCCAGUUCCUCGAGGAUGAUGUUCUUGAUAAAUGCAAAGGAUUCAUGUUAAAUCUAUUGAAUUCCGAAACGUCUUCUAUGAAUAAUGCAAGUGAAACAUUAACCAACAUAAUGAGAGCCUUGGAGUCAACAUCGGCUAAUUAUACUGAUCAAGCUUUUCUUGCUGAACAAUCAUCGGCUUGUCUAAGGGAAACAUUACAAUUUGAAUUUGAACCAUGUGACGGUGAUCAAGUACGAACCGUUUCCACUGAACAUAAUGCUGAACUCGCUCUUCAACAUGAGAUCGCUAAAUGGAUGUCUUGUUACACCAAAGAGUGUCGAAAUCUUCAUCGAUUAAAUCAACAAUUAACUAAAUGUCUUAACCUACAAACUGCUGGUAAAAGGACCGUUGAAGUUACUGGAAUUGGUGUUGUCGAAAUCGAACCUCGUAUUGAUGAUAUUAAACAACAAUUAAGAAAAUGUGACAUCUCAAAAUGCAAAGCUGAAGCUCGAUUAAGAGCAAUUCAAAUAUCCGGAAUGCCUAUUGACGAUUUAGAAGCUAUCGAAUCACAAAUUGCCUCCGAUAUGAAGCAAACAUCAUUAGAUGUUGAUGUUGCUCAACCAUUGAGUCGAACACCGAGUCUACGAAGUACCAAUAUCAGCGAGGGUCGAGUCUCAUCAAUGGAAAAUAAAUCAUUUUCCGAUGAUCAACAAGAAUACGUUAGUCAAGAACCAACUCCAGAGCCAAAUGAAAGAUAUUCAUCUGAACCUGAGCCCGUUGAAUCUCCCGUUGAGAGAGAAUCAUCCCAACCCGUUUACAAUUAUGAUUCUUAUGACACCUCAGCUGGUUGGGGAGGUUAUGACCUUAACGAUGCUUGGGCUGAUGAUCCACAGCCCCAGGAACCUGAACAACCAGCCGAUAUCAGCACAUUACCACCUCCUAUUGUAUCUUAUGCAACCGAUGAUAUAUCAACCUCAUCAUCACCUCCACCACCUUCAUCAUCUCUUCCCAAUACAUCAACAGAAAAUUCAUCUUACCCUGAUACAACCAAUUACGAUGAUCAAACUGCUUAUCAUGUGACAGUUGAUGCGUCCCAACUUGUUGGAAAACGGGUUCGUGCUUUAUACCCAUACGAAGGUCAAAAUCAGGAUGAACUGAGUUUCGAUGCUGAUCAAUUGUUGACAGUUCUGUCAGCUGAAGAUGAAGCCUGGGUCACAGCUCAAAAUGAUAAUUAUCAAGUUGGUUAUAUUCCUGCUGCUUAUGUUGAAAUCGUUGACGAUGCUUAUGGACCUGGAACCGAAGCACCUCCGCCACCACCACCUCAGGAUGAUUAUUCCGCUGUCGAUAAUGACCCGUCGCUACCACCUCCACCGCCGCUUGAUGAUAAUGAAGAUCACACCCAAAGAACUCAAAUUGAAAUCACUGAUCAUGUUCAUCAUGUUAAAGCCUUAUACGAUUAUACUGCCACUUCCAAUGAGGAAAUAUCAUUCAAAGAAGGCGAUGUUAUCAUAAUACACGAGAAAAGUGAAGAUGGCUGGUGGCUUGGAGAGAAAGACGGAGUUAAAGGUCAUUUUCCAUCUAUGCUUGUGAUCGAUGUCGAUGAAGAAGAUGAAGAGGAAGAAGAGGAAGACGAAGAAGUCGAAAGUGGUCCAAGUGAAAGUGCAGAUUCGAGCGAAAUACCAAUGCCGACCUCUGGUCCACCACCUCCGACAUUUGCACCUCCUAAACCUGCAUAUUUAACUCCGAAUGCUGUUGUUAUCAUACAACCAACACCAGAAAUUGAAUCAAGAGGAACUUUCGGAGAAGAAUUUAUUGAAAACGACAAAUCAGCUGAUCAAGAAAAUGGAUCAUCGCAAGCGAAUAUCAAUCACGAUGAAAAUGAUAACAAUCAAUCUGAAAAUGAAUCUGGAAUUGAAAUACAAGUUGAAUUUGAUGCUGAUUUUAGUCUUGCCAAACCAAACAAGAAAUCAAAUGAUCCAGCUGAAGACUCUAAUCCGGAUUCUGAUCCAUCAACGGUUGUUAAUUGUGAACCAGACUUUGAAUCCAAUGGACAUGAUAUUGAAACUGAGAUGGAUCAUGAUGAUAAAGAUGAACGAAGUGAAAAUAAUCAAUUAACCAAUCAACCGGAUGAACCUUCGAGUAUCAAGAGAUCAGCUGAUGAUGAAGAUGAAGAUAAACCUAAGGUGAAAGUUGAAAGUGUAAUCAGAAGUGAAUCAGAUUAUGACCUUAAAUGACCACAAGAAAAACACAAUUUAUCUGAUAGAGAGAAGAAAAAAAUUCAUAAUCAAUUAGCGUCUUCGAAUUUAAAAUCUCCGUAAAUUGUUUCAUCAUCAUAAUUUAAUCGACGAUCUUUAUUAAUUGUUGUUCGUUUUCCUGAUUCUAAUUGUUUGGUUUACUUUUAAUUGCAAUAAUUUGUUUCUCUCUCAUUCCAAUGUCAUUUAAUCGUUGACAGUUUUUGAUUGAUUUUCUCUCUCUCUCCUAAUUGUUUUGUUAAUUUUUCUCAUCAAUUUUUGAUUUUUCAUUUAAUCGAAAGAAAAACAAAAAGUUAAUCAAUUAGCCACAUGAAUGUGUAGUUGUGACACAAUUAACUAAUUAGUGUUAGCAAGAGAUUGAGAAAAUUAUUUAUAAAAAGAAAUGAUCAAUUGUGAUUAACAAAUAAUAUGAAUGAGAUGUUGAUCAUUUGUUAACUGUUACAAUUAACGAUUUUGUGUGUCUAAUAUAAUCAAAUUUUUCUUUGUUAAUAUUAAGUGAAUCAAAUGAGAUUUAAUUUUCCUCAAUGUUACAACGAUUAUGUAAAUUGGUUCGAAUCGAAUCAAUAUAAAAUCGCCCUGAAAGAAAAAAGUUUAAUUUAUUUCACCUUAAAA